AUAUCUGAACAAGCUGUCUCAGAUAUUUGGCGACAAUGAAAUAAAUGGGCUACAAUUACAAAAUAAUGAGCACCGUGCACAACUGAAAAAAGAGCGUCAGCCAGUAUAUCCGAUGGUUGAAGAAGUUAUGGAAAG